ACCAAAUCUCAAUGUUCCUCUUUAGUCAGAUAAUAAACCUGGUUUCCUCAAGCAAGCCUGUUUCUCCGAACUUUAAUGAAUAAGGAGGGCGAUCCCAAUGGCUUGAUAGGGCUUUAUUUGAAUUAAUCGUCGUACACAUAAUCAAAGUCGUUAAACAAUGAAGGAUGCAGCACUUUAUAUUGCUCAGCCACGUUUUGGUGCAUUCUUCUCGGUAAUUCAUCAUCUGCUUGUUGCUGCAGGUGCAACAUUACACAUUCAUUUGUGUAAUUGGUACGCAAAGAUCAAGCUUAUUUCUUUAGAAAUGGCAGAUGAUUUAUGGCAUGAUAGCGCUGAGUGGGGUGGGGGUGGGUACUUGGCGCGACCUUUUUUUUAUUGGGCGUCACUACAGUAUUAACAUGGCGCAUCACGAAUUAUAAUAUGGCGGCUUGCUUUUUCAACAGGGCGUAAGGAUAAUAUUAUCAUGGCGCAUGCUACAUUAAGACAUGGCGCACGAUAAAUAACAAGAUGGCGGCUUACUAUCUCGGUAUUCUUUUUAUCAUGGAGAGCACCGUUAAGUGAUGCCUAGUAACUCAUAGUAUUAAAUCAAAGCGCAGAGCAUAACCGUGCUAUAUAAAUAAAAGUGUAACCUUUUACUGAUACAAGAUACAAAGUAAUUACAAUAGGCUUGGUCAAAGGCCACUGAAGCUUCAAAACUGAAUAAAAAAAUCUUAGCCAAUUCACACUGAAGAAAACGUAUUACUUGAAAAGGUAGCUUCAGCUGUGAUCAUUCACCUCCAAGGAUGAAGGACCUUCAGCCUCUCGCUCACGUCAGGUUACUUUUUA